AUGUCUCACCCCGAAUCCAAGCGUGUCAAGAUUGAUGACGAUGCUCCCUACGAGCUCAUCUACUGGCCUACCAUUCCCGGUCGCGGCGAAUUCGUCCGCCUUCUUUUCGAGGAAGCUGGUGUUCCCUACUCAGACGUCGCACAGGAUACUGAAAAGGGCUUCGCUGCAGUCAAGAGUCUCACUGCCAGCGACAACAUCGGCGACGAUAACAACCCCCCAGCUCUAGCACCUCCAGCACUCAGACAUGGCGAUCUUCUCAUCUCCCAGUCGCCCAACAUCAUGCUCUACCUUGCUCCGAGAAUCGGCCUGGCUCCCAAGGAGGGAAAUGGCUUGUACCAUCUCAAUGGAAUCGUCUUGACUAUCGUCGAUGGUCUGGUCAAUGAACUUCACGACACUCACCAUCCCAUCGCCAUUAGCCUGUACUACGACGAUCAGAAGGAGGAGUCCAAGAAAAAGUCCAAAUAUUUCAUCAAGGAUCGGCUUCCUAAGUAUUUCGCUUACAUGCAGCGAGUUUUUGAUGCAAAGACCAGUGGUGAAGGGCCGUGGCUAUAUGGAGAUAGCUUGACCUACGCCGACCUUGUGCUGUUCCAAGCUGUAGACGGAACCAAGUUUGCAUUUCCCAAGUCUAUUGAGGCACUGAAACAGUCUGGCAAGUACGAUGGCGUGUUCAAGCUGUACGACGCUGUCAAGGAGAGGCCAAACAUCAGCAAAUAUCUCCAGAGUGAUAGGCGCAUACCCUACUCGGAAGGAGUUUGGCGACACUACCCUGAGUUGGAGGAAGAAUAG